GGGGGUGGUGGUGGUGGAAGCCACCUCUCUUUGUGAUUGCGCAGAGGUCGCCGUAGUGGUGGACAUGGGGUCGAUGUCGGUUCAGGGAGAGGUUGUGGGCUACACGUUGGAGGGCAUGGCUACAGAGGGUGUUCUGAAUCUGGUGGCGCUGGGACGGUGCCAGCCUCUGAUGGUGGGCGAGGAGGGAGUGACGGUACAUCUGUCGUGGGCGCCUCUGCCAGCUCAGCCGCACCUGCUAUUUAUGCCUGACUACAAGAUCAAGAACGACAAGGGUAGUCACGGGCUCACUCGCUCGUGCGUCGUCAAGAUGAGGCGAUCAGCAGCCUCUCCGCUUCUGUUUGGCCACCUCGACAACCUCUCAGCGCUGGUCAUCUACGCCUUUGGCGAUGCCCUCUACGCCGCAGUGACGAGCGCAGAUGCGUUUGACGCCCCGCAUCUGGCUCCGGGCCUCGGCCUUGGGCACAUAAUUUCGCCGGUGCGGCAUGCGGUGCGGAAGCGGCGGCUGUUGGCGGCUGGGACCGAUUCGGCGCCUGUCAUUGCCGGACGCCCGGCUAAGCGAAACAGGGCUCUGGCAGUGCGAAGUGGUCCGAUCGCCUUUGUGGAGGCCACGCCGCCGCCAGAGGCCGGCAGCGAUGAGGAGUCUGAGGAAAAGGGUGAGUAUUCGGCGUCGGGGUCAGCGUCGGGGUCGGCUUUGUCGUCGUCGUCGCGCCCGUCAUCGGCGCUUUCGUCGUCGCUCUCGGGCGAGGCCGAGGCCGCCAGUGUGUCGGACUCGAGCGACGACGGGCAUGGCCAGUCUAUUGCCGAGAUUGCCAUCACCAACAAGAAGUUUGUGCCAAAGCGGACAUUGUCAGGCAGUUUGCUCGUAGAGAUGGCGUUCCCGUCGCCGUUACUGGCUGUUGAGGAGAGUAACGAGAGUGGAGACGAGUCCGAGUACGAGCCGCAAAGCAUGUCGGAGGAGGCCGCGGCCGAGGGUAUGGUCAAGGACGAGGCCACGGCUGCUGGGGUGGACGAGGGCGAGGACAAAGACGAUGCCGAGGACGAUGCUGAGGCCGAGGACGAAGAUGAGGCCGAGACCGGGCACGCGGUUGUUCCCGAGGUGACUGAGAAUGUGCGCAGGCACCGCCUUCCGCGGCCGCUGAUGUACAUGCUGGCGGCUGGCGUGCGACAGAAGGGGCCGGAUGCGUGGCUCGGCAAGACCAAGCUGGUCAAGCUGCACUCCUGGGCGCAGAAGGUGUCGCAAUUGCUGGACUUGCUCGGUAUCCAGGCGAUGGGCAAGACGACGGUGAGCGUGGAAGCCAUCAAGUUGGCGGUCAGUGAGCUGAGCAGAGCAAAGCUGGACAAGUAUCCCCAACACACGACCGAGGUGAAUGCGAGCGCGGUGCAGGUGGCGCUGGUGGAAUGGUUGACGCUCUCGUCAGCCGACUGCGAGGCGGAUGUGCUCCUUUCGGUGCUGAAGCGGCUGGGCGCGGGGGGUCUGUUCUACUGCCGGCCGCUGGUCGUCAACAAGUUACGCACAAUCCAGAGCUCGGUGACAGGCAAAGCGAGAGCGAUCGAGAACUGGUCCUUGUCUGCGCUCGGCUUUGCGCCAGCCAAGGGAGUUGGGCGUAUGGAUGAAGGCGGGCAGCAGGACGUGAUUGUGCUCGACGAUGAUGAGCCGUUGGGCGGGUCGUCGUCGAGUGUGGUGGCUGCGCCGGAAGGGGAUGGAAGCAGCGACGACUUUAUGUCCGAUGAGGCCGGGUCCGACUCGGGCAGGAGCGGCAAUGAGUCGUCAGUGAGUGAGAGUGCGCCAGCCGCCGUGGCCAGUGUGGGUGCUACGAGCAAGACAGGCAAGCAGGAUGCGCUGGAGAGGUUGCACACAAGCGGCCGCGGUCUCCCGCAGUGGAUCCGGUUUGUGAUCACGUUGUUGGUCAAGUUUCGGAAGCGCGAGGCGACCAUGGCACACUUUGAGAGCAACAUUGCAGAUGUGAUGACAGGCCUACUCAAGGUGGCCAGCAUCGGCGCCGUGCUCGGCUUUCCGGGCUGCGACGUGGAGCAGCUCAACAAGAGCGAGGUGUUGAGCGUGGCCCAGGCAGCAUACGAUGUCUUUCCGCGGCGGAGCUGCCCCCGGAAUCCGUACAGUCCACUCCAACAGGCACUCUUUCGCUGGUUCCAGCUUCAUGACGAGGCGCCUGCGUUCACCAAGGCUGCCAAGAAGGAGGCGAGCGACGAAUACACUGGCGAAAGGGUGGUCACCGACGCCUAUCGCCAGCUCGGCCACAUCGACGUUGGUCUGACACUCAUGCCGCCUAAGGAGAGCGUGGACCCGCUGGAGUUCAGGGCGCGGCACAAGGUCAAGAACUAUGACGUCUUGUUUGCGCCAUUUGCGACGACGUGGCUGUGGAUGGGGGACGGCAAGGAGUAAAUAAAUGCGUCCACCGCUA